GAGGCGAACGCGCACGCAACGGAGCGGCAAAGCGGCAGCAUCGUGUCGGCUGCGCGCACGCAUCCUCGCUCACUCCUCACUCGCCUCCAAAACGUCAAUUGUGUUUGUUUGCUUUUUAGUCACGAAAAAAAAGACGACAGAGGACGCGUGGAAGAAGUUCACUUGGCUUUGCUUCUGUUCGGACUUAACUUGGAGAAGUUUCCUGCUUGGAAUAUGUUUUGAACGCCGGCGAACAGGAUGAGCCUGCGCUUCGUGCAAACCCUGCACACGAUUUCGCUCUUGUGGUGGUGGUGGUCGCCCGGCGCUCUCGGCCAGUGCAACGAGCCCCCCGAGUCGUCCAAUGUGAACCUCUCGUCGGAACACCGUCUCCCGACGUUCACCGCCGACUUCCCCGUCCAAAACAUGGUGACGCUGGACGGCGUGGUCUAUGUGGGCGCCGUCAACCGGAUCUACGCCCUGGCAUCCAACAUGACCAAGCUGUCAGAGUAUCGCACGGGGCCGCUGCUGGCCAAUGAGACCUGCGGGUCCGUCGGCGCCGUCGGCGAGGUGGACAACCACAAUUUAGCCCUGGUGGUGGAGAAGAUGUACGACAAAGGCCUGUACAGCUGCGGCUCAGCCGACAACGGCGUCUGCCGCCGCCACGUGCUGGACGACGACAUCAGUCCCAAGACGGUGGACGAGGACGUGUACUGCUUCGCUGACAAGGUGGGGCCGGGCAGGGGGACGCCGUGCGACGCCGACGUGGUGGUGGGCCCAUCGGGUUCGCGGGUGCUCAGCGUGGAGAGCAACAUCAUUGUGUUCUUCGCCGGCAACUCCGAGAUUCCCGGUUCAGGAAAGCCACCCGGCGGCGCGGGCCGACCACGCACCAUCUCGUUGAGGAAGAUGAAGACCAGUCAGGACGGGUUCACUUUCUUCUCCGGCUUGUCCCACAUGGAUCUGAUCCCGUCGCUGCGAGGGAAAUACUACCUGCGCUACGUUCACGCCUUCCACAGCGGGCCGUACACGUACUUCCUGACAGUGCAGCACGUGAGCCGCGACUCACCGGCGUUCCACACGCGCAUCGUGCGGAUGUGCUCCUCGGAUUUGGUCAUCCGCCGCUACGUGGAGAUGCCGCUGGAGUGCAUCAGCACGGACAAGCGGCGCCGUCGGCGCUCGGCCGAGGACAACAAGGUGUUCAACCUGCUGCAGGCGGCGCACGUGGCCAAGGUGGGCGAUGACGUGGAGCUGCAGCACCACCUGAAGGUGGAGGAGGGCGACGACGUGCUCUUCGCCGCCUUCGCCCGCGGCAAGCCUAACUCCAGCGAACCCACCGCCAACUCGGCCGUGUGCGUCAUGAGCAUCAAGCACCUGAACAACAUGUUCCGCAUGUACAUGCAGAAGUGCAACACGGUGGACCCGUACCACUUCACUGGUUCCGAUGACAAGGCCUGCUACAACAUGACCUCGCCCGACGAAUGCGACCCGCACGAGGGCAUCCACGAGGGCAAGGAGGGCAAAUACCGCCUGCAGGUGACCCAGUUUGUGCAACGUCUGGAGUACUGGCACAAGGAGCUCACGGGAACCCUGGUGACCUCCAUCAAGGUGCUGCCCGUCCAUGGACACGCCGUCGCCUUUCUCGGCACUGCCGACGGACGCCUUAUUCAGGUGCGCUUCUCCCGCUUGGCCUCGCCGCACGUCAACCUUCGCUUGGACUCGCAACCCGUCACGUCCUCUGCGACUCUGCUCGACGACCGGGGUGGCGGGGCACUGCUCGUGGCCACCGGCAACAAGAUCACCAAAGUGCCCCUGACUGGCCCGGGCUGUGGUCAGCUGACGUCCUGCACUUCCUGUCUACUGUCCUCACGGGUGACGGAGUGCGGCUGGUGCGACGGCCGCUGCACCCGAGCCCACCAGUGCCCCGCCUCCUCCGUCUGGACGCAGGACUACUGUGCGCCCGUCGUAACCAAGGUUUCUCCAUCAUCCGGGCCUCUGCGCGGCUCCACCGUGGUGACUGUUUGCGGCCAAAACUUCGGGUUCGACCGGACAGAGAGUUUCAAGGCGUCGCUUGUGAGUGUGGAGCUGGCCGGCGCCCCCUGCAAGCUUCCCAGACAGGACAAUCUCAACAGGUGGACUGAGAUGCAGUGUUCCCCCGUCUUCGCUGGGAACUUCACCCCGUCGGGACAUGCCAUCAAGGUCACCAGUGGACACAAGGUCGUACACAUGGAGGGCGCCUUCACCUUCGUGGAUCCGGUAAUUGACAAGAUCUUCCCGACGUUCGGGCCCAAGUCCGGCGGCACCAUGCUGACCAUCACGGGAUCUUACCUGGACGCCGGCAACAAACAAGAGGUCACCGUGGGCAAGGCGGAGUGUAUAAUCCAGAGUUUGACGUCAACCAUGCUCACCUGCAAGACGCCUCAGCACGCCGUACCGUCGCCGCAGCCUGUCAAGCUGACGGUGGACUCUGUGGAGCGCCACGCCCCCUCGCCAUUCACCUACAACCAGGACCCUCUCAUCAAUAGCAUCCAGCCGUCACGCUCCUUCAUCAGUGGAGGCUGCACUCUGUCUGCUCAUGGCUUCUUCCUGCAGUCGGGCCUCCAGCCGCAGAUGGUCCUCUCUACUGGACAGGAUGCCGUCGUCUUCCACGUGAGUUGUGUCUAUGGUGAAAACCGCACCUCUAUCCAGUGCACCACACCCUCCCUGGCGAAGCUGGCUCUGCCACCGCCGGUGGUCACCAAGGUGGCCUUCAUCCUGGACGGGUACGCCACCGACCAGUGGGACCUAAUAUACGUGGAGGACCCCCUCUUCCAGGACCCCAAGCUCACAUCCAAGGACAACAAGAGCGUCGUGGAGCUCAAGGGCGACCGCAUGGACCGCGAGGCCAUGAAAUGCCAGGUGCUAACCGUGUCCAACCGCAGCUGCGAGACCCUCACGCUGGUGGGCAACACGCUGGAGUGCACCGUCCCCAACGAGCUGCAGGCGGCCACCGCCAAGGGGCUGCAGGUGGAGUGGCGGCAGGCUGACUCCAUCCGUCACCUGGGCAAGGUAACACUGGCGCAGGAACAGGACUAUACGGGUCUGGUGGUGGGCUGCGUGUUGGUCAGCCUGCUGCUGCUGAUGCUCGCCACGCUCCUCAUGUGGCGCAGGAACAAGCGCAUUGACGAUCUGUCCGAGGUGUGGUACGACAGCCGCGGUGACAUCCAGCAUCUGGACAGACUUGCUAGCGCCAGGAGUGUCAGUCCCACGAAUGAAAUGGUGUCUCACGAAUCUGUGGACUACAGAAGUACGCUGCUGGAGGACCAGGGCACGGAGCGUCCCGAGACGUGCCGGGCAGCCCCCAUCCUUUUCGGGUCCAGCCGGGAACUGCUCUCGCCCCGAUUUGGGGCGAUGGCCCGUGGAUUGGGGAUGGAAGGCGAGCUGGUGUCGCCGCUGUUGAUGACGCCGGUCCACAUCGACCUGUCCAGUCUGCACCCCGACCUGCUGAGCGAAGUCCAGCAUGUGGUGAUUGCCCAGGACCGACUCCUGUUGCACCUCAAUCAAGUCAUCGGCAGAGGUCACUUUGGAUGCGUCUUUCAUGGAACUCUACUGGAACCAGACGGUCAAAACCAACACUGCGCCAUCAAGUCUCUCAACCGAAUCACCGACUUGGAUGAGGUGACCCAGUUCCUGAAGGAGGGCAUCAUCAUGAAAGACUUCAGCCACGCCAACGUGCUGUCGCUGCUGGGUAUCUGCCUGCCGCCCGAGGGCUCGCCGCUGAUGGUUCUGCCCUACAUGAAGCACGGAGACCUGCGUAACUUCAUCCGCGACGAAGGCCACAACCCAACGGUGAAGGACCUGAUGGGCUUUGGACUCCAGGUGGCCCGAGGGAUGGAGUACCUGGCCAGCAAGAAGUUCGUCCACAGGGACCUGGCGGCCAGGAACUGCAUGCUCGACGAGAGCUACACGGUGAAGGUGGCCGACUUCGGGCUGGCUCGCGAUGUCUACGACAAAGAGUACUACAGCGUCCACAAUAAGAGCGGCGUCAAGCUGCCAGUCAAGUGGAUGGCGCUGGAGAGCCUGCAGACGCACAAGUUUACCGCCAAGUCUGACGUGUGGUCGUUUGGCGUGUUGCUAUGGGAACUGAUGACCCGCGGGGCGCCGCCCUACUCAGACGUCAACUCGUUCGACAUUACCGUGUUCCUCCUGCAGGGGCGCCGCUUGCUGCAGCCAGAGUUUUGCCCCGACUCACUCUACACUGUGAUGGUGGAGUGUUGGCACCCGAAACCGGAGCGUCGUCCAUCCUUCUCCGACCUGGUGUCUAGCAUCGCGAAUAUCUUCUCCAGCUUCAGCGGCGAACACUACGUCCUGCUCAACACCACCUAUGUCAACAUCGACAAGAUGAGCCCUUACCCAUCCCUGCUCGUCACCACCGACCCGGGCUCCUCGUCCUCCUCUUCCUCGUCGUCAUCCCAACCCUCCACUUCCCUGACGUCCCACCCGCUCCUGUUUUGCCACCAGGAGCGGGAGUGUUGCGCCUGAGGAUGACGAGGGAAGAACUACUGUGUGUCCCAACACUGGACAGAGGACAAGCUCUAAAUGUAAAUAGGUUGUCGAUCGUCUCGAGUUGUUGACUUCCCGGACGUUUUUGGGAGGAAGUCGGAAAGAAGCCUCUAAAGGAGGGUUGCUUCCUUCUUGUUAAUGUGAAUUUUGUUCAAUGAAAAAAAAAUAAUGUUACAGCUCUGCGACAGAAAACAAGACAAAUCUCAACGGUUCAUCUUUUUCACGAAUUUUUUUUUUUUUUGAUCACAGCGUAUGGGUGGACCACGGUGGCAAAUUUUGACUUCAAGGCACUACGUUUGAUGAUCAUCAACAUGAUCAUUCUGAUACUUCAGAAUCACACGGCACAGAGCAGAUUGUCCAGAAAUGACAAAAAACAAAAAAAACAAGAAUUGAUUGUUUUUUUUUAAAAAAAAAUUAUUUUUGUUGUUUGUUUUUGGGAUUUUUUGUGGCCGCAUCGACUGACUGAAUGUUUACUCUGAGGAAAAAAAAAUGUCUGUAUUAUAAGUGUAGCGGCGACCCACUGAUGAUGAACUCACUGCCAUGUUGUAAAUAAAAAAAAACACGUUGAGUCAUGUUGAGCCUGACGUUGGCCACUCCGAUUUUGGAAAACGCGCGUGCGCGCGAUCUAGAGUGUCAAAACAAGCCUGGAGGUACAUGUUCAUCUUCUUGCACGAUCCUACAAAUAAAUCCACAUCAGUC